AUGGAACAGAUUCAGGAACAGAUGGCUGAGAUGAGAGCUCAAUUGACAGAGCAGAUGAACGCGCAGAUGGCGCAGUUUAUGGAAGCAUUGACUAAUGUGACCAAGGGGCAGGAUGACUUGCGAGUUCUCGUCGAGAGCUCCAGAAGGAAUGAGAAUGGAGGACGUCGAGGGCUGUUUGACGAUGUGUCUGGCAGGAUUGACGAUCACCAUGAUCCGAAUGAGUUUGAUCACGUAUCGAGGCAUAGUGUUGAAGGUGCGCAUGAUGAGGUUGAAAGGUAUCGUCUGAUUGAAGAACGUCUCAGGGCGGUUGAAGGCAAAGGGGAUAGCUUGGCUGGGGCUUCUUUGGAAUGGUAUGUUCAACUCGAGCGCACUCAUAUCCAUUCUUGGAGAGAUCUUGUGGAGGCUUUCAUUAAGCAUUAUCAGUAUAAUGUUGACAUGGCGCCGAAUCGAACUCAACUUCAGAGUUUGGUUCAAGGUCCUAAAGAUUCCUUCAAGGAGUAUGCUCAGAAAUGGCGUGAGUUAGCUGCGAGGGUUCAGCCGCCAAUGACUGAACGUGAGAUGAUUGACAUGUUUACCAGUACUUUGUCUGGACACUACUACUUGGCUUGUAGUGCUUCAGCAAACUUUUCUGAAAUGGUGAGAUAUGGCGAGCGUGUUGAAAUGGGCCUCAAGAUGGGGAAAAUUCAGUUGGGAGCUUCUUCUAACUCCACUGGUGGUAAGAAGCAAACUGAAGGUUAUGCCAGAAGGAAAGAAGGCAAUGCAGAUGCCAUAUAUGGAAGAAGAGGUUCAGGGAGAAAUAAUUCACAGGUUAAUGCUGUCAUGAUCCCAGUACCACAACAACAACAUCAGCAGGGACAGCGUUCCAGUAAUGAUCGCUAUCCUCCCAGGACUAGGCCUCACAGAAAGAUUGAUCCGAUUCCUAUGACCUAUGCUCAGGUGCUGCAACAUUUGCUUAAGAUUGAAAAGAUUACUUUGAGAGAUGCUCCGAAUGCUCCGGACACACAAUCUCCGAAUUACAAUGCGAAUGCACGAUGUGCUUUUCAUUCAGGUGCUGCUGGGCAUGAUACCGAGAGGUGUAUUGCGUUAAAGAACAAAGUCCAAGAUUUGUUGGACCAAAAGAUUAUUCAGUUCAUUCCUACACCCAAUAUUGUCAAUAAUCCGAUGCCUGCUCACGGAGGUUCGGGUGUGAAUGCCAUUGAGAGUGAAGAGGUAAGGGUUGUAUCUGAAGUGAGCUGUUUGAAUUUUCCUCUUGUAUCUGUGAAGCAACAUCUGAUUAAUAGCGGUGUCUUCCCGGGCUGUGGUGUUGAUUGUGAGAAUUGCAAAAGUCAACCUGAAGGUUGUGCUGAUUUGAAAGGUGCCUAUUCAGAUACUGUCAGUAUCCCGUAUGAGGAACAACCAGCGGCGUUGAUGAUUACGGUGCCAGGGCCUAUUCCAUAUGAGAGUGAGAAGGCCAUCCCUUGGCAUUAUGGUUCAGACGUAUAUUACUAUGGCACGAAGGAAGAAGGCGAGCCAUCUAAAGAGAAGUUUGUUGAGGCCUCAGUUGCAAACACUGAUAACUUCGCCGGUACUGGUAGGAUCACUCGCAGUGGUAGGGUGUUCUCCCCUCAGCUUGUUCAAAACAAUGCAGAUGCUUUGGCUAAGGCCAAAGGAAAACAAGUAGUGCCCGAUGUCCAGAACUCUCCGAUUCAGAGUGGGGCACCUGAUAGUGCUGUGUCUUCCAAGGAUGUGGAGGAAUUAUUGAGAAUCAUCAGGAAGUCUGAUUACAAAGUUGUUGAGCAGUUGGGUCAGACCCAGUCAAAGAUUUCCAUCUUGCAACUGCUGAUGUGUUCAGAAGGUCAUAGAGAUGCUCUCUUGAGAAUCCUGAAUGGUGCUUACGUCCCGCAUGAAAUAUCUGUGAAUCAGUUAGAGGCGGUGGCCAAUAAUAUCUCCGCUGGGAACGGUUUGGGAUUUACGGAUUGUGAUCUUCCUCCAGAAGGGAGAAACCAUAACAAGGCUUUGCAUAUUUCGAUUGAGUGUAAGGGGACGACUUUGUCCCGUGUUCUGGUUGAUACUGGGUCUUCUUUGAACGUGCUUCCCAAAUCGGCUCUAAUGAGAAUUGACUAUGCCGGUGUGGAGUUAAGGCCUAGUGAGUUGGUAGUGCGCGCCUUUGAUGGUUCAAGGAGGUCUGUUUUCGGAGAGGUAGAUCUACCAAUCCAGAUUGGUCCUCAGAUCUUUACUACAACCUUUUAUGUGAUGGAUAUUCAACCUGCUUACUGUUGUCUGUUGGGACGACCGUGGAUUCACAAGGCUGGUGCUGUGACAUCCACUCUUCAUCAGAAGUUGAAGUAUCCGAUUGACGGUAAAGUAGUUACAGUUUGUGGUGAGGAAGAUUAUAUCGUGAGUCACUUGUCCUCUUUCCGAUAUGUGGAGAUCGAGGGUGAAAUACAUGAGACGCCUUUCCAAGCGUUUGAAGCUGUAAAUGCUGUGAGAACUCCUCCUUAUGAGAUAACGAAGCCAGAAACGAUUAUGUCUUCUCUGAAAGACGCUCAGGUUGUUGUUGAGACUGGAAAGGUGGAAGGCUGGGGGCAAGUAAUUGAUGUGCGUCCCAAAUUUGACAAGAAUGGUCUUGGUUUCAGUCCUGGAAAGCGUAUCGCAUCGCCAAAGCCUAAUAUCCUUAGCCCGAUCAAGUUUGUGAGUGGUGGUGUCAUUCAAGAUGGCCAGGUUAAUGCCAUUGUCAAUGGCGAGGAGGUGGAUAGUGACUGUGAUUUUGAUAGCUGGAUUCGUCCAAGUAUUCCUGGGGAGAUGCCUCGCAACUGGACAAUUGAAGAUGUCAUCCAAGUUACACAAGCUCAGGAAUGUUCCACUACCACGGAUUUCAUUGGUAACAGUUCCGCUAUUGCUUAUUAUGAUUUUGACAAUCCGAUCUACCAAGCCGAGGAGGAAGCUUAUGAAGAUUGUGAUCUCCCCGAUGAGUUGGCCAGAUUGUUGAAACAAGAAAAGAAAGCGAUUCAGCCGCAUCAAGAGGUAAUCGAGAUGGUAAAUGUUGGUACUAAAGAGCAAGUUCGAGAAGUCAAGAUAGGGGCUGCGCUUGAGAAUAGUGUGAAGCAGAGGCUUAUUACUAUGUUGAAAGAGUAUGCGGAUAUCUUUGCUUGGUCCUAUGAGGAUAUGCCUGGUCUCGAUACAGAUAUUGUGGUACAUCGUCUACCUCUCAAGGAAGAUAGUCCUCCUGUCAAACAGAAGCUUCGAAGGACUCGCCCAGAUAUGUCUGAGAAGAUUAAGAAAGAGGUUGAGAAACAAUUUGAUGCUGGCUUUCUGCAAGUUGUGAAUUACCCGCCAUGGGUUGCGAAUAUUGUUCCUGUGCCUAAGAAGGACGGAAAGGUCAGGAUGUGUGUGGACUACAGAGAUCUUAAUAGGGCGAGUCCAAAGGAUGAUUUUCCUCUUCCUCACAUUGAUGUGUUGGUAGAUAAUACUGCUCCUUUCAAAGUGUUUUCCUUCAUGGAUGGCUUCUCUGGGUACAAUCAGAUCAAGAUGGCACCAGAAGACAUGGAGAAAACAACGUUUAUCACACCAUGGGGAACUUUCUGCUAUAAAGUCAUGCCUUUUGGGUUGAAAAACGCAGGGGCAACGUAUCAGCGUGCCAUGGUGACUCUUUUUCACGACAUGAUUCACAAAGAGAUUGAAGUGUAUGUCGACGACAUGAUUGCAAAGUCUCACACUGAAGAAGAGCACUUGGUUCACUUGCAGAAAUUGUUUGAAAGGCUUCGGGAAUUCAGACUGAGGUUGAAUCCGAACAAAUGCACUUUCGGAGUGCGAUCCGGAAAGUUGUUGGGCUUUGUUGUUAGUGGAAAAGGUAUUGAGGUCGAUCCUGCGAAAAUAAAAGCUAUACAAGAGAUGCCUGAGCCGAGAACAGAAAAAGAGGUUCGUGGUUUCUUAGGGAGAUUGAACUACAUUGCUAGAUUCAUCUCUCAUCUUACGGCCACUUGUGAACCAAUAUUCAAGUUGCUAAGAAAGGAUCAGACGGCCAGGUGGAAUAAUGAUUGUCAAAAAGCAUUCGAAAAAGUGAAAGAGUAUCUGCAGGAACCUCCGAUACUAAUGCCUCCAGUUCCAGGAAGACCUUUGAUUAUGUACCUCACAGUUCUUGAAAAUUCAAUGGGAUGUGUGCUGGGUCAACAUGACGAGUCUGGCCGAAAAGAGCAUGCAAUAUACUACCUUAGCAAAAAGUUUACCGACUGUGAAUCCCGAUACUCACUGCUCGAGAAAACUUGCUGUGCUUUGGUGUGGGCUGCUCGCCGGCUGAGGCAGUAUAUGUUGGUUCACACCACUUUGUUGAUUUCCAAGAUGGAUCCUAUCAAGUAUGUUUUUGAGAAGCCCGCUCUUUCCGGAAGAGUAGCCAGGUGGCAAAUGAUUUUGACUGAAUAUGAUAUCCAGUAUACUACCCAGAAAGCCAUCAAAGGUAGUGUGUUGGCGGAUUAUCUUGCGCACCAGCCGGUCGAAGAUUAUGAACCGAUGAAGUUUGAAUUCCCCGAUGAGGAUGUGUUGUACAUCAGAGAUUGUAACAUUCCCGGACCGGAGGAAGGACCCGAACCAGGAUCGCGAUGGACGCUCGUGUUCGAUGGUGCCUCUAAUGCACUCGGGAAUGGUGUUGGAGUUGUAAUUACUUCUCCUUCAGGUUUUCAUAUUCCAUUUACAGCUAGAAUCUGUUUUGAUUGCACUAAUAAUAUGGCUGAGUAUGAAGCCUGCAUUUAUGGUAUCGAAGCUGCGAUCGAUUUGCGAAUCAAAUACUUGAAAGUUUAUGGGGAUUCCAAUCUUGUCAUUAGCCAGAUCAAUGGAGAUUGGGAAACUCGCCAUCAGAAUCUGAUUCCAUACAGGGAGCAUGUGAUGAGACUCAUUCCGUACUUUGAUGAGAUCACAUUCGAGCAUAUUUCUAGAGAAGAGAACAAUCUUGCUGAUGCUCUCGCUACUUUGGCUUCCAUGUUCAAAGUGAAAUGGGCCAAUGAAGCGCCUAACAUCACCAUCAACAGAUUGGACGAACCAGCAUUUUGCUUUGAGGCUGAUGUUAAGUUGGAUGGUAAUCCCUGGUAUCAUGAUAUCAAAAAGUUCCUCGAAACUCAAGAGUAUCCUCCCGAAGCGUCGGUGACUGAUAAGAAGUUUCUGAGAAGGUUUGCAGCUAAGUUUUACCUCAACGGUGGUGUAUUGUACAAGAGGCAUCAUGACGGUGUGUUGCUCCGAUGUGUUGUGAAGGAAGAAGCUUCAAAAAUCAUAGGGGAAAUGCACGAAGGCGAGUUUGGUACCCAUUCAAGUGGGCAUACAAUGGCUAAGAAGAUCUUGAGGGCUGGUUACUAUUGGUCCACUAUGGAAACUGAUUGUCAUAACCAUGUCAGAAUUUGUCACAAGUGCCAGAUUUAUGCUGACAAAGUCCACAUGCCGCCUGUGCCUUUGAAUGUUUUGACUUCUCCGUGGCCUUUUGCAAUGUGGGGCAUUGAUAUGAUUGGAGAGAUUAAGCCUACUGCUUCUAAUGGACAUCGCUUCAUUUUGGUUGCCAUCGAUUACUUCACCAAGUGGGUUGAAGCCGCAUCUUAUGCGAAUGUUACCAAACAAGUGAUUACUCGCUUUAUCAAACACAACAUAAUCUGUCGUUAUGGGAUUCCUGAGAAGAUCAUUACUGAUAAUGGAUCGAAUCUCAACAACAAGAUGAUGAAGGAGCUUUGUGAGUCCUUCAAGAUUAAGCAUCACAAUUCUUCUCCGUAUCGUCCAAAGAUGAAUGGCGUUGUUGAAGCGGCCAAUAAAAACAUUAAGAAGAUUGUGCAGAAGAUGGUAGUGACGUACCGAGAUUGGCACGAGAUGUUACCUUUCGCUUUGCAUGGUUAUCGUACCUCUGUGCGUACAUCGACUGGGGCAACUCCUUUCUCACUGGUUUAUGGUAUGGAAGCAGUAUUGCCAGUUGAAGUUGAGAUCCCUUCCUUGAGGAUUAUGAAAGACGUCGAGCUUGACGAGUCAGAAUGGGUACAAAAUCGGAUGGAUCAGUUGAACCUCAUUGAUGAAAAACGCUUAGCGGCCAUCGGACAUGGUCAGGUGUACCAAAAGAAGAUGAGGAAAGCUUUUGACAAGCGGGUGCGACCCCAAAGCUACAAGCCAGGUGAUCUGGUACUCAAAAGAAUCAUUCUCCCUCAAGGCGAUCCUCGAGGCAAGUGGACUCCGACGUAUGAAGGCCCCUUUGUUGUGCAAAAAGUAUUCUCUGGCGGCGCCAUGAUGCUUGCAACAAUGGAUGGCGAGAACUUUCCGCACCCUGUGAACGCAGAUGUAGUCAAAAAAUACUUCGCAUAGACCUGAUAAAAAAAAAAAGAAGAAAAGAAAAAAAGAAGAAAAGAAAAAAAAAGAGAAAAGAAAAUGAAUCAGGCAAAAGAAUGAAAAAGAAACAAAUAUACCCGCUAAGUUGAAAACCCGAAAGGGCGGCUUAGGCAAAAAAGGGACAAAAGCGAACGACUACAUCUCGCGUGCCACCAUGGCAAUCACUCUUCAUACAUGCUUAGGGCUCCCGACGGAGGGAUAAGCAAGACUCCGUGUUCUUGAGUUUGCACCUGGCAGCUCAAAUCCCUAAAGCAUUUUCUAAUUCCAAUCGUCGUGUUUAGGGCUCCCGACCGAGGGAUAAGCAAGACUCCGUGUUCUUGAGUUUGCACCGGGCAGCUCAAAUCCCUAAAGCAUGCACAACAUCCACUCACUUUGUUUAGGGCUCCCGACCGAGGGAUAAGCAAGACUCCGUGUUCUUGAGUUUUGCAUCGCUGGCAACUCAAAUCCCUAAAGGCGCUCACAAACCCCGUCGGGUCCACAAGUUUGGUGAUGUCAUAUCAAUCAGUUGUUAAAUUGGGCAGUGAUCAAUCCUAAUGAGUACGGUCUUCCAAAGCAAGGAGAUGAGAGCGUCGGAGUUAUAAAAGUGAUAGCGGGAUCGAAACCAAUGGAUAUCCGUUUCACAUUACCAUUUCUCUUGUACUCAAUAAAUGUGUGGUUACCUCUUACUAGGAACUACUUCUGAAAAGUGUUCGCUCUUUUAUGAGCAUUCCUUUUGCAAUUAAUAAAGAUCCUUUUUAUCUUAAACAACUGUUUUCUUUUACCGUUUUGUUUGCAUAAAACGUCCUAAGUUUGUGUUAAACUUUGCAUAUGAAAACUGCAUUGCUUUUACAAUACAUGAUUAGAAAUGAAACCUUUGAAUCUACUUCGAAGUUUUGUGUAACUGGGAUGGCAGGCUAAGAUACCAUGCUAUAUCCUGGGGCAUUUGCAUUUGUUUGUCUCGCAGGUACAUGAUUGCAAGCGCUUCGUAUCAGCAUAUCGGCGGACUUAAUCAUGAGAGAUUCUCACUCCCCAGCCGAGUGUUUCUUAAUGAAAGAUUCUCAUUCCCCAGCUGAGUACUUUCAGAUGGGACUUUCCUUGCUCCAGGAUUCUCAUAUCCUCAGUAAAGCACAUCUUAAUGCGAUCUCUGUGCUCCAGAAGCCUUAUUCCCGACGGAAUGCUUUCUCCCCAGUUGAAUCAUGAUGGAAUGGUGUCUGAUUCCCCAGCUAGCUCUUAAUGAGGUUCCUUGCCCGAGUUCCUCGUUCUCCCCAGUAGAGCGUUUUCUCUCCCCAACAGAUUGACCUGUUCUCCCCAGGAGAGUCAUCUUGUUCCCCAGAGGAGUUGUCUUAACAAAAGGUUCUUAUGCUAAGUCCUUAUCCCCAACGGAUUCCUCAUCUCAUCAGUGGAUCUUUGUGCAGAAGUAUUCAUCUUCCCCACCGAGUCUUUCCUCAGCAGAGAUUCGCAUGCAUCCUCAGCAGAAUCUGUUUCCUUCAAGGAUUUUCCCAGCGGAAUGCAUCAUACGCAAGCUAGUUGGUCACUCCCCAUCAGAGUUGUCUUCAUGACUUGCUCUUAUCUCCGUAUCCCCAGAAUGUCGAGAAUUUGCUUCUCCAAUGAAGUUUCUAGGGUAUUACCCAAGCAGAUAAGUGGGAUGUUCAUAUCCCCAAGCAGGAUUUAUUUCCCCAUACAGAGCUCGCAUCCAGAUUUGAUCGUCUCCAGCAGAUUUCUGAUCCAUCUUUGCCAGCUCGCAGUCGUGACCCUUGAUCACUCAUCUUGUCCUCCCCGCAGAGUUCUAUACUCUCUCCAGGACUUCUUCAGCAAUUCAGUGCUCAUCUGUUGCCUCCCUAAGCAACGUUCGGAUCAUGCAUCAUUUGCAUAGCAUUCUCAAAAGCGUGUAGCGUCUUCCUUCUCGGGAGCGUUAUUCUAUAAACAUUCAUACAUGCAUCAUGCAUAAAUCAUAUCAUAUCUGUUUCUUUCUGCAGGAAAGUUAUCCAGAUUCAAAUGCUCCCUAGAGAGCAAUAUUCGCCUAGUCAUUACAGGCGCUUAUCCUGAUGUUUUGAAUCAGAAGAGGAUUGUUCUACUUAUUUUCUGGCAUAGCUCAGAUCAGUUCAAAGACAUCCCUAUUCCCGAUGCCCCCAGAUCGGUGGAAGAUAUUUGUUCCUAUCCUGAUAUCCAGCUCAGUUGAAGGAACCGCCUCCGGAUCUCUAUAGAUCUUCCGAAGGAGCAAGCCCUCUGAUACAUCAGAUCAGUUGGAAAUAUCUACUCCCUGACGAUUUAGUUCGUUCAGAAGAAGAAACUCGCCUGCCCAGUCCUGAUGCCUAACCAUCAGUUGAAGACGUUUUCUUUACCCGGCGUACACAGUUCGGAAGAGAUAUCUGUUCCUAUCCUAAUAUUCAGAUUCAGAUUAGUUGAAGGAACCGCCUCCGGAUCUCCCAAGAUCUUACGAAGGAGCAAGCCACUGAUAUCAUCAGAUCAGAUGGAGAUGUCUGCCUGAUCGACUUUGUCUUUCAGAUGAAGAUUGUCCUACUUAUUUUCUAGCAUCAUGUCUAGAUCAGUUUAAAGGCAUUCUUUCCCCGGCGUACACAGUUCGGAAGAGAUAUUGUUCCUAUCCUGAUUUCCAGUUCAGUCGAAGGAACCGCCUCCGGAUCCCCGUGGUCUUACUAAGGAGCUAGCCGCUAAUUCUCAGAUUAGUAGGAAUAUCUACCUGAUGAUUUAAUUGCAUCAGAAGAGAUGUCUGCCCAGAUUCCCAGAUCAUGAUUCCCAGAUCAGAGAUACUUAUUACCCGUUGAUAUUCAGAUCAACCGAUGUAUCUCCUUCGAUUCCCAGAUCGACUUAAGACAUCUAUCCCGAUGCAUGUUCGGAGACAUCUGCUACGCCUGAUAUUCAGAUCAGUCGAGAUGUUCCUUCUCUUGAUGCCCAAAUCAUUUGAAGUGUUUCCCCUGCCUGUGGGUGCCCGUUCCUCCUUUUUCACAAGUUGGAGCAUAUUUAUUAUCCGGAUCAAUCGAAGUUUUUUCUCCCUGCCUGCGGGGUGGUACAUUCCUUCUUAUUACAAGACGGAAUCUUCUAUUGAUCAAGAGUGCAAAUUUUCGAGUUCAUUCUGGUAUUCAAUCUCCUUCCACCUCAACGGUUCGAAACCUUCGUUUCUCACUCGUCAGGUUCAAGAAGUUUGAAUAGGGGCAGCUGUUGCACCCCAAAAUUUGCCCUCUUUAUUUGAGCUAUAAGUUAAUAAUGACGUUUAUUUCGUCAUUCAAAAAUUGAAGAAAUAAUAAAGAGUUUUCAUGGGUUUAAGAAGAUACGGUGUGAAAAAUGGUUUAAACAGUGCAAAUACGAGAAAAUUCACAAGUCCCAUUUGGAAGGUGAUAUGAGCUAAGUUCCUGCGUAAUCUCGACUAUUUCGACGAUAUCUACAACUUUCGUGUUCGGCUCGGAAGCCAAUUUUUUGAGGAAGGUUGUCAGAUUUGCAAAUUACUUGAGGUUUUGCAGUGAAAAACGGUGCUGAAUGUAGGGUUUUCGGACAAUAAAAAAUUCAUAUCUCACAAUCCGCUCGUCGGAUUUUCUUGAAAAUUUAACUGGAGCUCCGUACUAUCAUUACCAAGAUUUUAUAUGUUCGGACCGAAGACCAAUUAUGCACCAAAAAUUCCCAGCAUUUUGAAGAACGCCUUGAUUUUUCAGUGAAAAGUGUGCUUUCGGGUAUGUCGCGCCGAGUUCGAAAAUUCAUAACUUUUUCGAUUUUUAUCGUAUGAAGUCCAUUCCGGCGGCAUUCACUCGGAAAUUUCGUUAUCUUCGAUUCUUCGUCACACGUGCUAAGUCAGAUUUCGAGCCGAAGUUUGAGUUUUAUCACGUUCUUUGAGCGGUACGCACAAAAAUUCUGCACAGUCGCACCAGAUGAACCGAUUUUUCUCGUCAUUCAAACGCGCAUAAUUUUCUCACCGUUUGUCGGAUUGAGACGAUUCUCGCGGCUACGAGUCACAAAUUUGGUCACCUUCGCAGUGAUGUUCGUUUUAUUUCCGAAUUUCGCACCGAUUCACGUUUCCCCGAAAACGAGCAAAAAAGAGAUACGUCGGGGGCAUUUUUGACAUUUCACCUCUUACCCUAUAUAAGUCAUUUUCCCUCCUUUUCUUUCAUAAUUCCACUUUUACCAAAAAUCACACAAACAAAAACCAAUUCUCACUCACUUCUCUCUAAGAUCAAAAUACCAAAAAAAUAUAGAAAAAAGGGAAGAACACUAUGAACUUCAUAGAAUUCCUCAAGAACACGUAAAGAAAAAGUUUCAGAUCUCUUUCUGAACUCUCUUUUUCCGAUCGCACAUCACUUGUCUCCACACGGUGACCGCGGCACAUCCCUCCGGCGAUUGUCUUCCGACACGACUUCCCCCUCCGGUGCGAAUUCACUUUCCGGUGCAGCAAGCUUCCGACGCGGCAUCUUCCACUUCGUACUUCCGAUCACUUUCUCGUCAUUUCGAUUACGGUAAUUCAAUUCUUGGAACUUUGACCUCGCUUUAGAACUUUGAUCUUGCUUUUGAAGUAAUGUAGUUGUGUCGUGGAUAAUGCUUAAUACUCAUUGCUAUUAGUAAUUAGAAAAGUGAAUUUGAAUUACUUGCUGUUCAUUUUGUGAUGGUGCGGAAAGUUGAUAGGAGUCAUAGUUUGUACGUGAAUUGUAUCACUUGAAUGGAUGAGCAUUCAUGAGUUGAUUGUUUGUUCACAAAUAAGCAUGCUAGGUGCUUGUAUUAAUGCUUGUAUGAACUGUCGGCAUUGCAAAUUGAUCAUUACUAAUUGAUUGAUGCUUAUUGUCAUGUGUUGAUGACGUUGUUUCAAUUUGUUGAACAAUUGAGUGGAGGUGGAGAUUGAAAUUGAAUUUUUGUAUUACUAAUUGUUAGAUAUUGAUGAGAAUUAGAUGAUGAUUUUGUUGUUGAUUGGUAAUGAUAAUAAUUGUUGUUGUGUUUAGUUGAUGAUAAUUCGAAUUGAUGAGAUGAUCUUGACCUGAGUACAUGAGUUCAGUUGAUGAUUAGGUUGUUUUGAUGAUAGUUCAUGAAUGUUAAUGCUCUUACUCCACUUGCUGGUUUGUUUGGUAAGCAUGAAUAUUUUUUAUAUGAGAUUUGUGAAGAUAAAUGUUGGCUGAUGUGGUUGUAAUUUGUUGAUGAAGCACUUGUUGAUAAUUGAUUAAUUUUGUUGUCCAAAUUGCGUGGUGAUGUUGAGUGGUAUGUGGAGUUGGAUGGUUGAACCAAGUUGCUGUCAUUUCUUGUAGAUUAUUUGAAAUAUGAUAAACAUUGGUUAUGUCAGCUUCAUGAGACAAUAUGCUAACUUGUUCAUUUUUUUCAAUUUGUGCUAAAAAUGUGUUUUAGUCAUAACUCUCUAACCGUAUGGAGUUUUCUGGAUUUUUUUUAAUGAAAACCGAUUUUCUCGAACAUUCCAAAGCUCUCCACGCGUACGGUUUCUCGAUUCGGACAAAAUUCGGUCCAGUUUCGGGUGGUCUGCCCUGUUACGGGUUUGUGAUAUUUUACCGAAAUUUUGGCCAAACCGAUUCGAUUUUCAUGUUUUCAUUUGUUUGAUGGUGUCAUGUUAUUGAAUGUGUGUUGUUCUUAAUGAUGGAUGUAUUGAUAUCGUGAUUUCGAAUAGUUGACUCAAGAAGAAACUUGAUCCUAAGCAUGGUGUCAUUUGUUAAGAGUUUGAUGCUACUUGAAAAGAACAUGUCUCAUGCUAAAAUCAACUUGCGGAUUGUGUGAUGUUUUGCGCUAGACAUUGUACAUAGAUGCUGGAAUUUUGGUGUUGUUUUAGUGAUUGAUAAUGUGAAUUGUAUUGCUCAUUUGGUGGACAUUUGAUGCUGGAAAUUUCUAUGUUGGUUGGUGGUAUUGUUGACAUGUAAUUUGAGAGAACGGUGAAUUUCAAUUGUGUUGAAAUGCUGAAAAUUAAUCGGUACCAUGCUUAUGUGAAUGUUGUGCAUUUGUCCUGAAUGUUAGUAACACUUGAUGCUUAAUUGUGGAGAACUUUAUUUGUUAAGGAUUUGAUACUUUGUGCUUACUUGAAACUAUGCUUGAUUCUAAUUUCCAACAUGUCAAUUAUAUGCUAUCUUGUGCAAAGUACCAUGAACCAUUUUCUUGUGUUUAGAUGUGUUUCUAAGUAACUUUUUGGGACUGUUUUAGAGCAUCUCAAUGCAGAAUUUUUGGUUGUGUAGUUGUUGGUGCACUUCAUCAUUUUGUUGACUCAUGGGAAUGUAGAAACUAAAAGAAAUUGUUGUGCAUUUGGCUUAUGAUUUAGUCAUGGAUACAAAAUGAGAAUAGAGCUUGUUUGAUUGAUUAAGUGAUGUUGUUGAGUGCUGAUUUUUUCUGUUAUGACAUGAAUGCUAUCCUCUUUUUCCCUCAUUUUUGCAAAUAGACGCGGUACGUCGGCUUUGAUUGAAAAUGUUACAACUUUAGAACCGCUUAUCAUUUUUAAGCAUGUGAUUAGUGUUUCUUGAGUGGAAUAUGAUUUUCGGAACUGUUAGAACAGUUUAUUUUCGGUUUCGGCCGACUUUUUCCACCAAUUCCGCUUCUGCCCCGUCUUGAAAGUCGCGCUUCCAGGCCGAUUUUGUAAAUUCUAAUUGCAUAUUUGACUUCUUUAGCAUGUUUUAACCUUGCAAUAAAAUUUUGGCUUAAUUCUGACGAGUUUAGUUUUCACUGUUUUUACCCGGUUUCGCCGUUUCGGUGUACCGUUGUGCAUGUAAAUACUUGUGUUGGCUUCCGUAGUUUUAGUGUACAUAUUUGAUUUGCUUUUGAAUGCUAUCCCACGUUUCUUCUUGUUUGCUUUUGUUAUGUUUUCACUUUCUAUUCCGUUAUCCGUUUCCGGUUCAGCUUAUAAUUCAAUAACGCAAUUCCGAUUGCGGUGCUUUGUUAUCUCUAACGUGUGUGCUAGUAUGCAAGGCAACAUGGAGGCUCUGGUCGAUGCCCGCUCUCGUGUUCCGCUUUAUUUGCGGGACACGACAUUUAUCCUCUCUCUGAUUCGCGUUUCUACACGCAUCCUUUAUCAUUAUACUUGCUUGUCCGGAUUUCUGUUUCCCUUGCAGGUGUAUGGUAUUCGUUGUGCCCGAUGCACACGUUGGCGCGUGAUUUACUUUCAUCGCGCCGACUCUUGAUUGCUUAUGCGGAUUCUAAUCGGAGUGCUGACAUGUUUGCUGU